UCCUUGUUCUCUUGUCAAGUUGGCUUUAGCAGUGGGAACUGAUUUCAACCUUGUUUGGGCUCUAAACGCUGUAGUGCGCGGUUACAAUGUUCAAAGAGAGUGUUAUUUUGUAUCUUAACUAGUGUAUCGCGAUCAGGAGGCGCUGUCAGUCCGUGCGCCAUGGCUUGUGCCGACUCCAAAGUGGACCUGUGGAAGAUCCCUCUUAUUGCUCUGAACAUGACUGUGAGAAAGGAGCUGGGACUUUACCUGAACCCCAGAAACACCGUGGCGGCGGACUGGAUGUCCGUUGCAGAGGCGAUGGGAUUUACUUAUUUAGAAAUAAUGAACUUCGAAGCCUCCAGAAACGCGACCCUGGCAAUACUGGAGGACUGGCAGGCUAAAGGCCAAGAAGCGAGUGUUGGGAAGUUGAUAUCAAUCCUGGAGGAGCUGGAGAGAAAAGACAUUGUGGAAGACCUUCUUCCUGUCAUAAAUAAAGAUGUCACCAGAUAUCUAGAGAGUCUUGAGAGGAAGAGUGAGCCUCCAGUUCAGGUUCCGGAGGUGGACAGCUGCCUCCCACGCAGCCAGGAGCGGCUGCCCAUCACUGUGGAGGAUCACGAAGACGCCCCAGAGAUGUUUGAUGCAUUCAUCUGCUACUGCCAGAGUGACUUCAAGUUUGUCCAUGAGAUGAUCCAGCAGCUUGAACAGACAGAGCACAGGCUGAAGCUGUGUGUGUUUGACAGAGACGUGCUGCCAGGCUCCUGUGUGUGGACCAUCACUAGUGAGCUGAUUGAGAGAAGGUGUAAGAGGAUGGUGGUGGUGAUCUCCGAUGAGUAUCUUGACAGUGAUGCCUGUGACUUUCAGACCAAGUUUGCCCUCAGUCUCUGUCCUGGGGCUCGGAGCAAACGGCUCAUUCCAGUGGUGUACAAGUCGAUGAAAAAGCCAUUCCCCAGCAUCUUACGCUUUCUCACAAUAUGUGACUACACUCGGCCUUGCACAAAGGCCUGGUUCUGGGUGCGGCUGGCCAAAGCUUUGUCACUGCCAUAACAAUCAUGGACUAGGUGGUUAAAUGUACCUAAUUUCUCAGAUCAAAGGGAUUAUGUCUGAUCGUGCUGUAACAUAAGUUCAAGUAUGAGCUAAUCCUGGUUGUGUUUCAUGUCAUCCAGGUUUUUGGACCCACACAUUAUGUUGUAUAUAUUUUAAUGCCUCUAUUUGUUUGUUUGUUUUUCCUUGAGGAUGAGAUAAUGAUUACAAGUGUCUGAAAAUUAGUGCUGUGAAACCCAGACUGCAAAAGAGUGCCAAAUUCCUCACAGAUUUCUCACAGUCACAUUCAGUGUAGUUGUUCCCAGUGCAUACAGAUUUUAAAUUUCACGAAUACUUGUGUCAGUCACUAUUUUGUAUUCAUAUGAGGAUGUACUGUGUAUUCAAUGCUUGCAUGUAAAUGUGCCAUGAUAGCUCUGCUUACACCAGCCACUUCCUUUAUGAGUCAAUUUAUAGAUGAGAUGGACUUCCUGCUCUAAAAUGUUCACCUUUACUGACUCCCCUCCCUUCCAGUUUGGUUUCCUCUCACUCUUUCCCUAUCAGCAAUAAUGGUACUUUGUUUUUUGCCUUUUGUAUUGUCUAUUUUGUCUUUCUUGAACAUAUUUUUAUAAGAUAAUUCAUUAUGAUCUUGUAUGUUAAUGAAUAGAUAAUAAAUGGUUCUAAUAU